GGCCUCGGUGUAACCGCCCGAUCGGCCGGGAAAUUUUAACGACCCUGCCGCGUGUGACAUGAGGAAAACACCGGAACCGGGCUAGCUGAGUGGCUCCGUUUCUUUGUGUUUACUGCACGAGGGAUGGCCUUUAUGUGGAUAUCUAGAGGAUUCAUGUAGACAAAGCGACGAGAAUAACCCAAGAUGUCCGGCUCAUAUAUAGACCGUCAUGUGGCGGAAUGCACUUUUCAUAGAUUCCAAAUUCUCCUGUUUCUCCUGCUCUGCAUGGUUGCACGAAAACAUUUCCCCUUUUAUUGUGAGCCCUCGAGAUAUAUUUCUCACUUGUGAGCACCUCAAGGUAAAUUGUCUAUAUCAAGAGGGCCAAACCUCCCAUUUCUAUCCAGGUUUGUUUUUUGGGGCAGAAAGAAAAAAUAAAAUGGACGGCAGUGUUCCAUCUUUCCGAUCAUUCUCAAACCACUCGCUCAGUUACGUCAAAAGACCUCUUCCAUCGGUACCUCGAAGGUCGUCAAGCAUAUAUAGUGAAGAGGAAGAUAUAAUUGAUUUUUAUUUGAACCCUUCGGUGUCUGAAGAACCACCAGAGCUAGACAAGAGCUCUACACAGUCCAGUAUGCGUAACCCGAGCGCCGGGUAUCUCCAGCAAAAGUCAGAUGUCGGGAUGUACAUGCACGUCGAUGCGUCCUCUGCUUAUGGCAGGAACAAAGGAGAGGGUUGUUCAUAUGUUGCCUCUCCGCGACAGUCUGUUCCUCGUCGAAGCCCGCGAAUCAGUGCGGUGAGGCAAGCCACGAAUAGUGAGCGAAACCUCAAUGGAGGAUCUUUGAACAAAAGCGAUCUUAAAGGGAAAAGACCACUUCUCGAUCAGCACAUCCCAUCUGCGUCUCUCUCUUUGCGGCUCUCUGCAAAUUCAGCUGAAGAGGUCGCAUCAGUGACGAGCACGAAGGACCAGAAACCUAAGACUACCUUUGUGCCAAACGCUUCAAAAACAAUUCGUUCGUACUCGUUUUCAGACGAGCAUAAAGAGUCAUCGAAACCUCAUGAUCAAGGCAGCUUUUUCGAAUCUGACUCUGAAGAUGACGAAGGGUCUGCUUCACUUCGCAGCUCGAUAAUGUCUCGUUUACGCAGGGGGUCGCCCAAGACUGAGCAGCGGAAGUCCGACACGACGAGUGAGAGCAAGCAACGAUUCAAGUUUAUUCCCUCGCCACGCCGUUCGAGCGGGAAUGACUACCAAGGCGUCGUUUGGCCGUCAGCUCGAGAGCGAAGGGAAGCCAUCAGGAAAGGCCACUAUAUCAUCUAUCCUAGUUAUUCCUCGACGUCACUUGCACCGCCAUCAAUCUCGGAACUCAAGGCUCAGAGGUAUGGGUCGAAGGUGAAUGAUAAUAGACAGGAUUCAAAAGAUUCUCACGCAAAAACGGACAUGCUCUCUGCCGUGUACGCGAGUUCACAGUAUAUUGGAGGCGUCUUGGCGAGCGCCGGAAAAGGAAUUCUGAAAAGUAAAGAUGAAAGACGAAGAGAGCAAUUGAAGAAAAGCAUCAAGUUCAUUGGAAACCCAAACCUUAGUGUCAGCAAUACCGUGUAUUAUCGUGGAUGAUUAAUUUGAAUAGCGCCAUGGAGUUGUGUAUGGUCUAAAAAGUUAUCAAUUUGACAAGAAUAUCUUAAAUAUGUGGAGUCCUUCUCUCAGACCGAUCCCUGAACUAAAUGAGAUUCGAUAAAAGCAGGUUCGACAAGACAGCCAUGCAUGGUAAAUUUCAUCAUGAUAAUGUAAGCGGCAGUGGGACUUUCACGCUCUGUACCUCGGAAAUAGCAUUUUGACAACGGGACUCUCGGGCGCUUU